AGCGCGUUGUCGACCUGGCAAAUCUGGGAAGUGCUCUCACCCAGUCCUCCUCGUCCUCUGUUCCUCCCUUCUGCCGUCUUUCGUUCAUCCUUCAACUAUGGCCGCUGCUACCGUCGAGGAGAUUCGCGCCAAUGCGUACGUCGGUUUCGACACCAUCACGCAGCAGAUUGAGCACAAGCUCUUGAAGCGCGGUUUCCAGUUCAAUGUCAUCGUCGUUGGUCAGACCGGGCUUGGAAAGUCGACUCUUAUCAAUACCAUUUUCGCGUCGCACUUGAUUGAUUCGAAGGGGCGGAAGGAGGCAGAUGAGCCCGUCAGACAGACGACUGAGAUUCACCCCGUGUCCCAUGUGAUCACUGAAAACGGCGUGAGACUCCGCUUGAACAUCGUUGACACACCUGGAUAUGGCGACCAGAUCAACAAUGAGAACUGCUGGGACCCCAUUGUCAAGUACAUCAAAGACCAGCACAGCGCAUACCUCCGCAAGGAGCUCACGGCUAUGCGCGACCGCCAUAUCCAGGACACGCGCAUUCACUGCUGCCUGUUCUUCAUUAACCCGACUGGUCACUCUCUUCGCCCAAUCGACAUCAUUGUGAUGAAGAAGCUCAGUGAGGUUGUCAAUGUGGUGCCCGUCAUUGCCAAGGCCGACAGCUUGACUUUGGAGGAGAGGGACGCCUUCAAGCAAAAGAUUCGGGCUGAAUUGCAGUACCACAACAUCCGCCUCUAUCCCUUCGACACGGAUGAGAACGACGAGGAGGAAAUCGAACUCAAUGAGAGCAUUCGGAACAUGAUUCCCUUCGCAGUCGUUGGCUCCGAGCGCAAUGUGAUCAUCGACGGCAAGGCUGUGCGCGGACGCAAGAACCGCUGGGGUGUUGUCAACGUCGAAGACGAGAAGCACUGCGAGUUUGUCUACCUGCGCAACUUCCUCACGCGGACACACUUGCAGGACCUCAUCGAGACGACCGCACAAAUCCACUACGAGGCCUUCCGUUCAAAACAGCUGCUCGCGCUCAAGGAGCAGACGAACCCGCGGAACGCGCAGUAGGUGCGUGUGCCGCUCCUUACUGCGGCCGUCUCUGCGAGCGGUGUGCGAGAUACGAUACCCCUUUGCCCGACCCGUACCCGUUUUGCUAUCGGCGUUUGAACACUCAUUUGCGGUUUUGGUUGUUGGAUGUACCCCCGUUGAUACUUGCUGCCGUUGUGCCCCUACGCUCUUUCCCGUAAUAGUAUACUCCCUUUUUUGUUUGUGUG